AUGAAGCGCGCGGUCGAGUCCGAUACCGAAAAUGCAGCGCAGAAACGUCGUCGGCAACCCCAAGUCUCGUGCGACUCGUGCCGCAAGAAAAAGCUCAAGUGCGACCGCGGAGACCCGUGCUCGAGCUGUGUGAUGCGCGGUUUGCUAUGCGCAGGACAGCCGGGGUCACAAAAACCCCCUGCGGAACCAAGCCGUAUCCCAGCGUUGAGCGAGAACGGUGGCGAGUCCAUUCUUAGGCGGCUCCGGACGUUGGAGCAAGCUGUGUUCGGAGCGGCGUCGUCCACCGACGCCGGAUCUUCCGCGGACCAGCUGGGGGAUGUCUUGGAACCUGCAAGGAAGAAGAUGCCAAGACCAUCCCGAAUGCCGCGCAGUCCCAGUCUCUUGUCACGCCGUCCUCAGCAUCGUGGGAUCGUGGACAAUGAACGGCAGCAAACAGCAAAGUUCCUCGAUUCGACAUUCACGAGAAAUGGUCUCAACGUCACUCUUCCGGUCAACAAGGUGGAUUACCACGUCGCCAAUGUCUCCCAAUUCCCAAAGACACCAUCAAGCAUCACCCCAGGCCUCACACCAACUGAUGACUCGGAAGCAAGACUGUCAACCUGGCUGAUGCCUCGAGAAGAGGCGUUGUUGCUACUUCAAGACUUCCUCGACAACCCCUUUCAUCUCCUUCCCAUCCUUCAUCCAUUUACGACGAAAUCGAUGGUUGUUAACUUCUACUCCGUCCUUUCUCGCGGGGGUGACCCCAACCCAGCACACGCUGCACUGAUUCUAGGCAUCGCAGCUACGAGCGCUUUCUUUUUCACCGGGGGGUCUCAAGCCAAUGGAACUUUUGAGUCUUCUGAAGAAGCAACACAUACCGCCCUAGCCUGGUUCAAAUCCUCUUUCAAUAUCCUGCAAAAGUCACAACAAACUACAUGCGGCUGUCUCGAAGAGGUGCAAGCACGGUCGGUGCUCGCUUACUUGGUCUACAAUAUGGAAGGCUGCUCUGCUCGAUUCAGGUUUCUUCAUGGGUGUUCGUUGUCAGCCGCUCGGGAAAUGAGCCUGCAUCUGAUCGAUAGCCCCGGCUCGGAGCAGCAGGAUGAAGAGUCUCUGAGGGAGAUUAAAAGAAGAAUUUGGUGGCACAUUACUGCUACAGAUUGGAUGCUGGGUCUCAUGGGCGGACCUACGGAUGGGACGUACCAUAUACAACCACGACAGAUGAACGUGAAGCAGCCUCGAAAUAUCAACGACGAUGAAGCAAGCCUCUCAAAUGAGACCUUCACCCUGCCCCCGGACACGGCAACUGGGAUGACCUGUUUUAUCAGGCGUAUUCAGCUCGCCGAGAUUGCUCGUUCAGUCAUUGACGCCAGAGCUCCCGGGAUGCCAGAUGCCGAGAUCACAGAUUACGAACAAGUCCUCGAGCUGGACCGCCUCUUUGAAGAUGCGCUUGCCGACUUCCCUCCAUUCCUCCGGCCCGACGGUCCCAUCCCGGAAGACGCACCGCCCUAUCUAUCACUGCAGAGAGAUGUUGUUCUUCUCGGUUUCCUCUCGAGGCGCGCGCGAUUACACCGGCCAUUCCUCCUCCACGACAAACAGGAUGCUCAAUACCAGCCAUCGCGAGAGAUAUGUUUAAGCUCGGCCCGAACAGUCCUCGCAAUUGCCACAAGUCUGCUAAAGGCAUCUCAGGUUAGAGAACCCGUAGAAUCUUUGAGCACCCGAGCAAUUGGUUGCCGCCUGGGCUGUGUCAUUGGCCACAUGUUUAUGGCGUGUACUAUCUUGGCCCUCAACUCUGGGUUUGAUCCGAGUCGUGAAGGCUUCACAGAUGGCAAAGAACCAUGGCCAGUAUCUGAUGCAACAGCAGAGACACAGGCCGAGGUUACCGAGGCAUGCCGCGCUCUAGCAUCUGCCGGAGAAGAAUCUAUGAUUGCUGCGAAACUGGUUCGAAACCUCGCUGCCGUGUUGCGUCACUAUCGCGUCCAGGGAGUGGAUGACGUUGUUCCGUCCGAGUUGGAAGACGAUAGAAGCUCACCUUCAGCAGAUGCCUGGCGUGGCGAUUCUACCGUGGUUGCAGCAGCUGGGGUAAAGCCCGGUCCUGAUGAGGGCCUAGACGCAGGGUAUUCUGGAAUGGCUGGAGAGGAUGCCCUCGGACUGGACAGUCUGUGGAACGACAUCCUUGGGGACACGACCUCGUUUGGAUGGGAUCAGCUGUUGGCCGGACUUGAUACCUAUUGCGGUCCGACUUGA